AUGACACCGUUCCUAUUCUCUAUCAAAGAUCUUGACCGCCUCAAGAUUUACUACAAUAAUAUGAAGGAUCUCCUUAUCCGCAGCAAACCGUACCUAACCGCGCCAAUUAAUUAUGUUGAUUAUACUGCCACUUUGGACAUCCUUCUGUCAGACGACUACAUAAAACCCUACAACGCGUAG